AUGGCUGCGGUCAUGGCGAAGCCUGCGGCUACGGCGACCAAGAUGAAGAAACCUCCUCCGCCUCUUGUCCAGACAAAUUUAAACGGUGUCAAGCCCACUGCGCCGUCUUCUUCACCUUCCAGUGCGCCCAAGACUCUUCCUGGACAGAACCAGACCCCCACGUCUACCACGGGUAACGGCGCUGUGACAAAUGGCGCCGCCCGACCGAAUCGACGAGUGCAGCGCCCGACAACAAGAAAUAACACGGCUGAUGGUGGAUCUCUGGAUAAGCGGGCUACUAAGAAAUAUCCUGAGCCUCAUGUCCCCAAAGAAUCCCAUAUUCUCCGCAAGUUCAAAGGUUGCCCGCCUUCUCUCAUCGUACAUCUUCAUCCCACCCAUUUCCGGUUCGACCAGCAAGAUGGUAGCUUCAGUUACCACUCCGAGAUGCGUGUCUUUAUUGAACAUCUGGCCAGAGGCACGAUUCCGCAUGACAUGGUUGAAGAGUUUCGGAAGUCCGAGGUAAAAUACUACGAUGGGUGGCUCAUUGUUCGGGUGGUCGACCACAAGUCAGUCGCAAAGGCUGCUGCCGCUUCUGGGGCCGGUGCAGACGACGAAAAACCAUUCUCAAUCCACAACUAUAAUCAGUACAUAACUCCAUCUCCCUACGCGCCAUACCCUACGAAGGAACAGUCGGUUGCAAAGUCUCCUCCCCUAAAACACGAACAGACCUCGAGCGACAGCAGGGCUCAUCCCAGUUCCGACGACACCGUCGAUAUCGCCCCAAAAUCAUCAAAGCCGCAACCGAAGGUCUAUCAUGUCGCCCUGCGGCCUACCAUUCUCUCCCGGCACAUGGAUCUCGUUAUUGAUGCGAUGACGCCAGAUCCGAAAUCGCUGAAUCGGAAGCAAUCACAAGCCAACGUCAAUAGCCGUGCACCGGGAUCUGGUGCUCCACAGACCCCGAUAUCAGGCAUUCCACCGACUCCUUCGGCUGAGAAGGGCCCACCCUUCAAGAAGAUCAAGCUGAAGAUUGAUCCUAAGGAUAUGCUCGAAUACGAAGGCAGAGUGGUAAACGCCACGGCACCUCCUUUGUAUCUAGAGCCCGUUGAGAGUCUGGAGGAAGCGGAAACCCUUAUUAGCCUGCUGAAGGAUCCACUUCACGACCAACGACCACCGUCACCCAAGAGCCGGAAAAGGACAGUUGCUGAACUUGCGGCAGAUGACGCGCACGCCAAGGAACAGGAACGAUUUAUGCUCAUUAUGGAUGAGCGCACUACGGGUACCAAUGGCGCAGCAAAUGCUGCGGGUGUGGACGGCCAAGCGGGUGCGGCUCUUUUCCAGCCCCGUUUCGAGAAGUUCAAUGCCCUUGAUAGUAUCAAGCGAGAAAUUGCCGAGCGGAAGCAGCGUGAGAAGGAUCGGCAGCUUCAAGAAGACGAAAAUAGAAGGGGCCAGCAAGAACGGAUGCAGGAAGAGGAGAAGAAGCGACUCCUGCUACAACGUGCUCACGAAAGCCGGAUUGUGCGAGCUCGUCACCAAGAAAUGGUGGCCUCAAUGGCAGCCCAGCAGGCCGCGCAGGCGGCGCAAGCCCAGCAACAGCAGCAGCAACAAAUCCAGCAACAACUUCAACAGCAGCAGCAGGCGGCCGCUCAAGCUGCCCAAAGGCCACCCUCUCAACAACAAGUUAACGGCAUACCUCCGAACAUGCAGAGCCAAAUCAUGGCUGGUCAACAGCGGGGAUCGCCUAUCAUCCGUCAGGGCACCCCACAUGCAGCGUCCUCGCCUGUUGUUACGAGCGCGGCUCAGGGUGGCGUUUCCAUGGCGAUAUCUGGUUCGCAACAGGGGCACGGAUCUCCGCCCCGACCAAGUUCAGCCGUCCAGCAUGGCCACCCCAGCGCACCUAUGACCCGGGCUCCGAGUACCCAAGGUCCAAGUCGAAAUGGUACUCCACAGAUACCUCACGGAACCCCUGCUCAAAGGAAUGCCACUCCUAUCAUGCGGCAGAAUACCCCUGCGCAGCCGGUUCCACACGGUAGCCCUCAUGGAGCUACCUCUCAAAUGGUAGCUGCUGGGAUGAUGUCGGGACUACAGGCACAGAUGCCGAAUGGCGUGCCCAGACAGCUGAAUCCUCAGCAACUAGCUGAGAUGCAACGACGCCACGCAUUGCAUCAACAGGCUGCCGCACAUGCUCAGCAAGCAGCGAUGCAGCAGCAAUUGGCCAACGGAACUCCGCAAAUGUCCCCUGCUCAAGUGGCCCACAUACAGGCACAACAGCAUGCACAGGUGGAUCGGCAAGCUGCAAUGGCCCGCCAAGCCGCUCAACAGCAGCAGCAGCAACAACAACAACAGGCACAACAGCAGGCACAACAGCAGGCACAACAGCAGGCGAUGCAACAGCAGCAGCAGCAGCAACAGCAACAGCAGCAAGGAACUCCACAAAGCGCACACAUGUCCCCCAAUCCUGCCCAAAGUCAAAAGGCCUACAAUCAAUCUGUUGCCGAGCACGUCAAGGCUCAAAUACAGAGCCUGCAGCAAGCGCAAAAUCACGGGUCUCCGGCGCCGACUCAUAUGACGCCUCAGCAGCAAGCCGCCCAGCUAGCUCAUGUCCAACAACAGCAACGAAUGAUGCAAGCGGCCCAAGCCCAGGCGCAGGGACAGAUGAUGGGACAAGGUGUCCCCGUUCCGCAACAACGAGCCCAAGUGGACCCUCAACUCAAGCAAAUAUUCCAGCAGACGCUGCAGAGCUAUACACAACGCUUCGCCCAGCAAGCUGCUCAGAAGUAUGGCGGGAACGUGCAAAUGUUACAACCGCAGGAAAUGCAGCAUGUGCAAAUGCAAGCCCAGAGGUUCGCACAGGCUGCCAUCCAGAAGCGUCAAGCGGCCAUGAGUCAAAUGGCGCAGAUGCAACAAGCUCAGGUGCGACAACAAAUGGCACAACAGGGCGGUGGAAUGCAGAACGGUAUGAUGAAUAUGCAAAAUGUGCAGGGAGUCAACCCGAGCAUGGCAGCGAUGUUGCAACAGCAGCAGGCGCAACAUAUGCAGCAGAUGCAGAUGCAGCAUGCACAGCAGAUGAUGGCGGCACAGCAACAACAUCAACAGCAACAGCAGCAGCAGCAGCAAAACAUGCAGUUCCAGCAGAGAUAG